GAUACUCGUGCGAUGUGUUAAAAUAAAAUAGAUGGAUCCAGAGAGGCAGCCGCUUUUGUCCGAUUUGAGGUGCCGGAGAGUUAGAGCUUUAACCUUCGACGAGGUUCUCGCCGUCCGUCAGAACAGCAUUUGGCGCCGCUGUCGCCUCAUCCUGAUCCUGAUAUUCUGGGCGACGAUAGCUAUGUUCCUGUCUAUGAUAACUUGCCUGCUGCUGAAGACACAAUGUCGGCCAGAACUGUCCAGUGUUAAAGGGAUACCGCCAGUACAUUUGACGAUGGCGCCGCUCAUAGCUUCUACGCGAGCUGAUGCGUACAUACUCUAA